UUUAUUUAUAUGGCCUCAGAAUUUCAGUUUCUUUUAUAUUUAGUCAAUUAUUAAAAGGUUAAAUGAAUUUGUAUACCAUUAUAUUUACCAGUGCAAUUAGUACAAUUUGCGGACUUGACGCUUUUAAGACAGCCAUUGUUCCCAAUGAGUUCAUAGUUAGUUUCCAUGCCAAAUACUUUGCACCGAUCAGGGAAUCCUACAUCACAGUGAAGCUCAGUAGCUUAAACGUAACAGGCUGGACCAUUAUACCACGGCACAAUUUAGCUUCGCAAUAUCCAAGCGAUUUCGACAUAUUAAGGACCUUGGACGAAGAUCCAGCAUCAAUUCAGUUAGUUAUAAAAAGGAUUCAAACGCACCCAUUAGUUAAAAAGGUGUUUCCCAAUCGAAGUGUUCACAGAACUCUUUCUCAUAGUCCGGGUAGUAAUAUCACAAAUGUAAACCGACAGCCCCAAGGCGUUUUGCGAAACAGAGACCCGGAUAAUGACCGGACUCGCCAGGCUUGCUCAGUUCUGAAAGCCAAUGUUCUUUGGAAGCUAGGCAUCACAGGCAAAGGAGUCAAAGUUGCUAUCUUUGAUACUGGCUUAACCAAGAACCAUCCGCAUUUUCGAAAUGUGAAAGAACGUACUAAUUGGACCAAUGAAAAGUCCCUGGAUGACAAGGUUAGUCAUGGGACUUUCGUCGCAGGGGUCAUAGCCUCGUCCAGAGAAUGCCUUGGUUUUGCCCCUGAUGCUGAUCUGUACAUUUUUAAAGUGUUUACGAAUUCCCAGGUUUCCUACACUUCCUGGUUCCUCGAUGCUUUUAACUAUGCAAUUUUCAAAAAAAUUAACAUACUCAACCUUAGCAUAGGUGGACCGGACUUUAUGGAUGCGCCGUUUGUGGAGAAAGUUCUAGAGCUGUCGGCCAAUAAUGUCAUAAUGAUAUCUGCGGCAGGUAAUGAUGGUCCUCUAUAUGGAACUCUCAACAAUCCAGGGGACCAAAGCGACGUUAUUGGUGUUGGCGGCAUUCAGUUCGAUGACAAAAUAGCCAAGUUCAGUUCGAGAGGUAUGACGACUUGGGAACUUCCGAGGGGAUAUGGCCGAUUAGGGCUGGAUAUAGUUACUUACGGAAGUCAGGUGGAAGGCAGUGAUGUGCGGAAAGGCUGCAGGCGCCUCUCAGGAACCUCAGUUUCAUCUCCAGUUGUUGCAGGAGUAGCCGCCUUAUUGGUCAGCGGUGCCUUUCAUAAAAUCGACUUGAUUAACCCAGCAUCCCUCAAACAAGUAUUGAUUGAAGGGGCAGAAAAGCUUCCACACUACAAUAUGUUUGAGCAGGGUGCUGGAAAACUGAACUUGUUAAAAAGUAUGCGGUUGUUGCUAUCUUAUAAGCCAAAGAUAAGUCUUGUUCCGCCCUUUCUUGAUUUUACUUUGAACUAUAUGUGGCCGUACAGUUCUCAGCCGUUGUAUUACGGAAGCUCCGUGGCUAUAGCAAACGUAACUAUACUCAAUGGGAUAUCAGUUACCAGUCAGAUUUUGGGUACCCCGAAAUGGAUUCCAGACCUAAUGCAUCACGGCCAGUUUCUUCAAAUAUCGACAGAAGUUUCUCCAUUCCUCUGGCCGUGGACCGGGUGGAUGGCAGUUUUUAUUGCUGUUAAUAAGGAUGGCGAAAACUUUGAGGGCGUUUGCAAAGGAGCUAUUACUGUAGUUGUUGAAAGUUGGAAAGAGUCGACAAACGAAACUCACAUAAGCGAAGUCAGGUUGCCUUUGACCAUAAAGGUAACGCAGAAACCUCCAAGAAGCAAAAGGAUUCUGUGGGACCAGUACCAUAGCUUGAGAUAUCCGCCGCGAUAUAUACCAAGAGAUGAUCUAAAGGUGAAAUCAGAUCCUUUGGACUGGAGGGCGGAUCACAUACACACAAACUUUAAGGACAUGUAUACGCACCUGCGAAAUGUUGGCUACUACAUUGACGUUUUGCGGGAACCCUUCACCUGCUUCAAUGUAUCAGAUUACGGAGCUCUAUUGAUUGUUGAUCCAGAGAAAGAGUUUGCUGACGACGAAAUACUUGCCAUACAAGAAAAUGUUUAUAGGAACGGCCUGGGUGUCGUCAUAUUCGGAGAUUGGUAUAAUACAACGGUUAUGAAAAAAAUUAAGUUCUUUGACGAAAAUACAAGACAAUGGUGGACGCCUGAUACCGGCGGCGCCAAUAUUCCGGCCCUAAAUGAUUUGCUAAAACCAUUUGGAAUUGGUUUUGGCGAUUUUGUCGGUGAGGCUCACUUCAAACUGGGAGACCAUUCGAUGUACUAUGCCAGUGGUGCGACAAUUGUACGAUUUCCAAAUAACCCCGGAGACAUACUGGUGGGAACAAAGCUAAAUGACCAAGGAUUUUCGAUUAUAAAUUCAAAAACACCUACUAAAGAGGGUAAAGAAGAUCUACCUAUUUUGGGCAUGUUCCAAGCUAAGCUCAGCCAUGUCGAAAAAAACGAACCAAUUAGCACUGAGUAUUCUAAAUACAAAAACAGAGGUCUGUUGUACCGCAAAAGUCAUCGAAGCAUCAGCUUUGCUAAGACGAAACACAAUAUUCAAACUGAUGGAGAAGGGCGUAUAGCGGUCUAUGGAGACUCAAACUGUCUGGAUUCCACGCAUCUCGAAAAGGCUUGCUUUUGGCUACUAAAUGUAUUUUUAGAUUUUGCCAUAAACUCACACAAGUCCAGCUUGUUGCAAAAUCUGAACCGCAUAGAAGAGUUCAGUAAAGUAAACGAAGCACCUUUACCUUUAAGAAUACAUAGUGAUGGUAUAAGUCCAGUUCUGCAAAGGAAGUCGUGUGAUUAUAUUUCCUGGCUACUCCCAACAGAGGAAAAGGAAGUGGAAGACAAAGAACCUUCUAUUAACGAUAUAGUCACAAGCAAAAAUGAAGAAUAUGAAAACAACGUCAUCCAAAAGAUUUUGGAUGUGGAGAUUACGAAAUUGUGUCAAGACAGUGAAUACUUUACAGAAUGUCAGGACUCCGAGUGCUUAAGAGCUCCAAUUAUAUUUUUGAUUUGUACAAGCUUAAUGGUUUUUAUAUUAUUUUUAUUAUUUGUAAAGCACAUACAUAUAUUUCGUAGAUAAAUAAUUUUCUAACAAUUUGAAACCGUGUUUCAUGUUUUGAAAGUUUCCAUUAAUUGACCCCACCUACCUUCAUAUUCAAAUGUCACGUAUGUGGGAUACAAAAUAAGUUAUAUAUCAAUAACGUUAGUUUUAAAAACA